AUGGGACGAGGGAGUCAUAUAUGGGAGGCUAUCGAUAUUGUAGAGUCCGGUACAAUGUUUGUCGAUGGGAACUUCGUGGUCCCUCUGCCAUGGAAGAAGGGCGUCAAUACCGACCUGGGAAACUAUGCGUCAGCGCUCUCGAGGUUGAACAGCCUGAAGCGGCGCUCAAUUAAUGACGAAGCAUUACGGUUCCGUUACGCACAGACGAUGAAGAUGACUAUAGAGAAGAAAUAUGCCGUGACUGUCCCAGAGGAACAGGUACACUGUGACUUUCAUCCGCGUUGGUACCUGCCCCAUCAUGCAGUACUGAACCCCAAAAAGCCGGAAAAGCUGCGUAUAGUUUUGGAUUGUGCGGUCAAACACAAGGGGCAAACGUUAAAUGACAUGCUCUAUCAAGUUCCAGACACCACCGCAAAUUUAGUGGGUAUACUUUUGCGAUUCCGAAAAGAACAUGUCGUGUUCCCGCGCAAAGCUCUUUCUCGCGGGGGUGGUAUCCAAACCAUUGUCGAGAAACGCCACGCCUUGGACCAUGCCACGCUGAGUCUCCGCUUGAAUUGGUAUUACUCCCAAGUGAACCGGCCCAUUUGA